AUGAAGAUAGAAACUGAAAAUUGUUUGAAUGAUAUCAUAAUGUUUAUUACUGUUAACAGUCUUUUCAUUGAAGUUAAUAAAUUAAUUAUAUUAGGAACUAUUAUUUUACCUUUAAUUAAGCGUGAGGAGUUAAAUGAAGAGUUAUUUUUUAUUUUCUCUAACCGUUGGAACUGUCAGAUAGAAUCUUCUUACUUAAAACAAAUUUUGUUUUUAUGUAAAGAUGAUAUUACAAAUGAAAAUUUUGAGCGUUGGUGGAGAAUAGUUGAUGUUUAUUGCAAAAAAAAAAAAAAUGUUCAAAAUAAUAAUACAACAUUUUUUAAAAAACUUGUUGGGUUAACUAUAAUUGUGAUCGCUAAAGUGAAUAUGAAGAAUUAUAUAAUCAAUAUACCAACAUUAGAAGAUGAUCCUCAAAAACAAAUAGAGUCCUUAAUUCUAAACCACGAGCAAUGGGUCGCAAUUCAUGAUAGGGAACUUAAAAAAAUUAUCACCGGAGGAUAUGGUUCAGGUAAAUCUGUUGUUGGUAAGGAGAUUGUAAAAAAAUGUAUAAAAAAGCCAGAUGAAAAUUUAACCUUGUAUUACAUAUGUUGUAAUCAUUUCUCAUUGUAUGAAUGUGAAAUGAAAAGGUUUGUUGACAGUAUUAAAAAAAAAUCAAAUGUUACUGUUGUUUGUGAUAAUUUGUUUGAGUUAUGGCAAACAAUGUGUAUAAACAAAAAUAUUAUAGAAGAAAAUAUAUGUAUUCCAAAAUUACUAGAGUAUUUGGUUGUUAGUAACAGUAAUAAAGUUUGUUUUGUAUUGGAAGAACUGUCACCUGAUUAUGUCAAAGAUGAAGAUGUAGUUAAAUUAAUUAAUAAUUUAUUUUCAUCUGUAUUAAAAGAUUCUUUAUUUGUUUUUAUACCUGAAAGUGUUGAGAAAUUCAGAGAAAUAAUUACAAGUAAUAAAAAACAGUUAAUACAAAAAAACUACUUUAAUGAAGAAGCACUAGAUAUGAAGGUCUUUACACUUGAAAAGACAAUGAGAGUAACUAAAUGUAAUAAAUCAUUAAUAGAUUCUUCUCAAGAAUCUAUCUGUGAAUCAAAAACUGUUUUCAACUUUCCAAGCUUAAAAAAGGAUCAGAUAUUACUUCAAAAUACCUAUUCAUCUAAAGAAUCGAAAGAUGAGUCUAUGAGACAAUCUAAAUUGAGUAAUAGCAAUGAAGUUGGCAACAAUUUUAAUCAUGUUGAAGUAGAAAGUACCAUUGAUAUAAUUGAAAAAAAGUUUCAUGAAUAUGAUCUCGAUCACGUGUCAAAGUAUGUAGCAAUUAAAAGUAAUGAUGAAGUUUCAAACUGUUUUAUGGAAACAAGUUUUGUUUUUAAAUUAAGUUCUAUGGGACAUUCAAUUAAAGGAGAAAAACCAACGGUAGUAUAUUUUCCUUUUAAUGAAUUUAGAAAAAAGCGAUCUGCAAAGUUUCUGUCUGUUGUGUUAGAGUGCCUUUUUUCUAAAACAGAACGGAAAAUUGUUGUUAUAUGCAAUAACAUAGAAGAAGUGCAAUCUGUUGGAUACGCAAUAGAUAUUGGAAAAUAUAAAGCAGUUACAUAUUCGCCACAUUUACAAAAAUACACGCCAAAAAUAACAGAAAAAAUCGAAAUUACAAAGAAGCUAACAAGUGAAUUUGAUAUCCUUGUGACUGACUGUAAAGGGUUUUCUGGAUGUGAAUCUGAAACUGUAGUUGUCUUGGUGAGACCAGACGAGAUUUAUCUUCGACACGUGCUUGUGGAUGCCAUAGCAAGAUCCAAUUCACAUUUAAUAGUUUUAGUUUUAAACUAUAAUGGCGGAAAUAAAAAUAUAAAUAAAAAGGGAACUAUUGGAAAUGUGUUAAAUAACUGGUCAGAAGACCAAAUUGAAAAAAUUAUAGUCAAUGUAUCCAAUAAAGAAAAUCAACUUUGGACACUUGAAAAAGGGUCCUUAUUAAUAAGUGAAAGUUGCAAAGAUUUUAUUGAUCGUGGAUCUAAACUAAAGUUUAGCAUAUAUAAAAGCAAAAUAGAGUUUAGGGUUUUAACUGAAAACUAUCUAAAAUACGAAGCGUCUUAUAUAUAUGAAAGUAAAAUAAAUCAAAAUGAUAUAAAUGUUAGGGAACUUAUACAAAAGCUUGUUGAAGAUAUCAAUGUUAGGGAACUUAUACAAAAGCUUGUUGAAAAUGAAAUUAAUAGAAGUUAUAGCAUUGAUUUUGAAAAAGAUGAAAUUAAUAGAAGUUAUAGCAUUGGUAUGUAA